CGCGCGGGUUGUCCGCGCACAACAGAGUGCGUACGGUGAUUCGUGUCGUGUGCGCGGGUAUCGACGCGUUUCCUAGGUUUCGCGGCGAUCGAAUGACCGAUCGUCGUCGAUUCGUGAAACGGUCUCGAGCGGGUCACGGGUCGCUCUCACCGGGGCUGCUCUGUGUUCAGUGAUACAACUAUAGUGCCGGGUACGAGAAGGAAAAAAAACGUCCGAGCCGUAGAGGUGUUCGAAGCGAGUACGUAGUUGGUGUUUGUCGAGGAGCAGAGAAAAAAAGUUAUGUUCAUCGAGGAGAAGUGAGAGGACGAGAUCGCCGAAGGAAUCGACGUACCGAGAAUAAACGUCGUGUCGUCGAGCGACCGAUUGCUCGAUAACGAAGAGAAUGCCACGGAAGCAAAGUCAUUGCCGAAUUAUCCGGGGGAGACGCGUCGUUAGUGUAAUUUAAUCGAUUCGAAGGUGGACGAACCGCUUGGAGGAUAAAAUAGUAGGGAAUCUCGUGGUCGAUUUAGGCCGAGAGAGAAACAGAGAGAGAGAGAGAGGGGGAGAGAAGAAGAGAGAAAAGUGUAUUGCUAUCCGAAAGGUGUCGAGAAAACCAUCGAAGGGGGAAAAGCGAUAUCGAGAGAUAAUCUACGAAGAGAAGGAAGAGGAUCCAAGUAGGCCGGUGUGGUCUGCACAGCUUCCUGUAUUCGUCGUAGGUGUUUUUACGCGUACGGUGUGGAUCGAUAGGUGUCUCGCGAGCUCCGGUCGGUUGGUCGACAACGUUCGUGCCGGCAAGAACGAGCCCGUUGGCGUUCGAGAACGGCGAGGACCGACUUCUGGGAACGAACGGACAGACGAAGAACAUCCCCCUCCCGCCCCGUGAAUUUAUGGGGGACUUUAGCGCGACGAGUCUCUUCUCGAACUCUUUGUCCGCCACGACGAAAUCGUCGAUCGGUGGUAUCAGCGCGAACAACGCCGUAACCGUGACGACCUCGACGAUGCAGGACGAUCUGUUGAUCGAGAAACAGGCUACCGGUAAGACCGCGCCGUUAUCGCCGAGCACCGGCUUGGAUACCGUGGUCGGACAGGAGAAGUCGAAAGACUCGGUCGAGGUCGAGAGUAUCGCAAUCACGCCGACGACGCCCUCCUCCACCGAGAAAGACAUCACAUGCAACACAGGCUCGGCUCUUCAGGGCUUCACCGAUCCCAGCAGGGUGCCUAGUCUCUGGUCCGCACCGGAUGACACCGGUCUGCACGCGUUGCCGGUCAAUGGAACCAUCGGCGCGUUUCAGAAUUUCCCGAGCGGCGGACCGACCGGUCUGUUCGCCGGCACCGCGACGGCUGUGUCCACGGGAGCUCGUCGCGCCAUUACCGCUAGUCAUAAUUUUCCUCAACAGCACGGAAACGCCGGUGCUCCCGGGAACAGACACGGUCUGCAGGUAACCUCUGCUCAACAGCAACAACAGCAACAACAACAACAGCAACAACAGCAACAACAGCAACAACAACAACAACAACAACAACAACAACAACAACAACAACAGCCACCGGCUACUUCGCAUCCAGGUGUUUACCUUCCGGGAAAGGGUUACGCGGCUUGGUCCGGUGGUCCGCAAGCACCUCAACAAUGGGGCGCCGGACCACAGGCAGCCGCGGUCGCGAGUAGCGGCCUUUCGCCGUGGAGUCGCGGUAGAUCGGUACCGAAUCUACCACCGUUGCACUCGUCGUUGCACGCCGCCGCCGCGGCAGCAGCCGCGGCUGGUCUGCAAGGUAGAAAACCGAGCCCGACGUUUCCCGGUCAUCCGGGACCCGCUGCUGCUCAUCCGUCUUGCAUCAGUCCGGUGAAAUUUCGACGGAGCAUCUCGUAUCCCGGCAAGGGCAACAUAUACCCGCCCCAACCGGCGCCUACCUUUGAGGUUACCGCUGCGGAUGAGAGGGAUUUGUUGCAGUUGCCGCCGUUCCAGCAAGAUCGCAUGACGGCCAAUGGAAACUCCCCGCUGGACAGCAUGAGAACUCUGGAGCAUUACCUGAGCGAUAUCAUGAGAACCGGUGCCACAGAUACCCCGGAACACGUGAAGGGAUACAUAAACUGCAAUGCCAGCACCUUGCAGUCCCUCGCACAGCUACACGGCAAAUCACCGUUCUUCCCUAGUCUCGACGAGCAGAGCGGAACCCUGCUGGAGGAUCCGAACGCGCCGAAUCAGCUGGACGGCGUCGGUGUCGGCGUCGGCGUCGGCGUCGGCGUCGGCGUCGGCGUCGGAGUUGGCGUCGGUGUGGGAGUCGGUGGCGGAAUAACCGGCUCCCAGGUGGCACCGCUCUCGUCGCCGAGCCGAAGCAGUCCUCACAGCCAGGGUAGCGAGACCGGUGAACGCUUUUCUAGAAAAGUAUUUGUCGGUGGAUUACCGCCGGACAUCGACGAAGAAGAGAUCAAAGCCAGUUUUCGUCGUUUUGGAUCGUUGGUCGUCGACUGGCCGCACAAAGCAGAGAGUAAAUCCUACUUUCCACCAAAGGGCUACGCUUUCCUUCUUUUCCAGGAUGAAGCUUCCGUGCAACAAUUGAUCGACGCGUGCAUCCAAGACGAGGAGAAACUGUAUCUGUGCGUAAGCUCGCCGACCACCAAGGACAAACCGGUACAGAUUCGACCAUGGCGGUUGAGCGACGCAGACUUCGUCCUGGACGCCUCGAUGCCGCUUGAUCCGCGGAAAACGGUGUUCGUCGGCGGUGUUCCACGACCGCUGAAAGCCGUCGAGUUGGCGAUGAUCAUGGACAGGCUUUACGGUGGCGUCUGUUACGCCGGUAUCGACACCGAUCCCGAGCUCAAGUAUCCGAAAGGAGCCGGCAGGGUCGCCUUCAGUAAUCAGCAAAGCUACAUAGCUGCCAUAUCCGCCAGAUUCGUGCAGCUCCAGCACGGUGACAUAGACAAAAGGGUCGAAGUUAAACCAUACGUUCUGGACGAUCAGAUGUGCGACGAAUGUCAAGGACAACGCUGCGGAGGCAAAUUCGCGCCGUUCUUCUGCGCCAACGUCACCUGCUUGCAGUACUAUUGCGAGCAUUGCUGGGCAACGAUUCACUCUCGACCGGGUCGAGAGUUCCACAAACCGUUGGUAAAGGAGGGCGCGGAUCGGCCUCGAGCCGUGCCUUACCGCUGGUGUUAACCCCAGCUGCGUUGUCCCUAAUUAUCUCGCAACCCUAGCUAAUUAACUACCACUUCUACGAAUCCCCCCUUCCUCUCGCGAGACUCCACCACCAAUCAUUACACUCUCCUCACCCACGCCAACACUCACCUUCCAGACCUGUCCAACAGUCCGCCUCACCUCCUCGAACACUUUACCACUUUAUCUAUCGAGACACAAAUCCGAUAUCAAUGUUUCUACUACUACCUACUCGAUCGUGUCGGUACUAGCACUACUCUACCUACUACCACUAUUAUCGCUACUACUAUUACUACUCCUCUAUCACUACUACCACAAUUACUAUUCUACUACGACAAGUUACUUCUACUCCACCGCUACUUGGACAUAUUUACCAGUUACUCGACGAAGAGAGAUAUCCAGCCGCUGUUCGUUCCCCGCCAGCCGA